UGACCUUCUCCUUUUUCCUGUUUCCGGGCCGGGGUAAACAAACAACACUCGAAACACUCAAGAAAGAGUCAGAGGCUUGUGACUUGCUACAGUACAGCAGAGUGAAGAGUGUUGACGCCCCCCACAUGACUUAGAGAUAGCUGAUGUUUAUUAUAACCUCCGAAAUGUCAUCAGGUUGUCAAAGUCAAAGUUCAUAGAAGGGAGGUGGGAGGCAAAGUUGAUAUUAAUUUUAGAAGUGUAGUGCAGAUACGUGCAUUGUGAUAUUUAAAUUCUAAAGCGUUGUAUAUAUAUUUGUGCAUUCUAUUAAUUUGCCACUAAGAGCUGAAGAAUCACAAUGCAUCACCACAAACGUUUUUGGAGAAAGAUUUUGGUCUUAGGUCUCUCUAUGAUCAUCAUAGUUUGUACGGCUGAAGAUUUUUUGAAAGGUGAUUCAAACUUAAAAUGGUUGCCUGUGGCCCAAAGACGUCAAGUUUCAAGUUUCGUUUUGAAACCAAGAAUCACAGAUUUAAGAUAUGUUAUGAGUAGAAGACCAGAUGUAAUAGUACCGUCAAAAAAUUCUGCGAUGAAGUGGAAGUUUAACAUUCAUCUGAAUGUUUCCAAGUCUGCAUAUGAGACGUCCAUGACAUUUUUGUCUUUGUGCAUCGCUUCCAGUAUAUUUCGGAAUACCACAGAGUGGAUUCACUUCAAUACAGGGUAGCUGUCAGUUCGUCUGCAAGGUGGUGACUGUAAUGUUUAGAGAAUUGAACUUCUCAGACUGAAAUCAUUUUGGAAAGUGCAACAAAAGUGGCAAACCCAACAAAUAUGUUUGUCCGCUUCGUAACUGUGGCUGGGUUUACUUUGUGGUGUGUGCAUGUGGCAUGUGGUGGUUUUGAUCAAACUGUGAGGAAAUUCUCUGUUCAUCGAGAUGUGGAAAGUGGAGACACAUUCAAAGUUAGAGUGAUCACAAAUGGCUCAAGUGGUGCCGUGUGCAGUGAUGACUUCAUGAGUUUUACCAUCGACUCUGGCAUAAUCAGGGUGAAGUGGAAAGGAUUUGACUUUAGCUCCCAGAAACUUCAGAAUUUAGCUGCUGCCCUCAGCCCAGCUAAUCUGCGCCUGGGCGGUACCGCGGCUGACUUUCUUACCUUUGAUCCUUAUUCAAAAAAAGAUGACUCUGCCAGUUCUCCUGAUAUCACUGAUAAGGAUGACUUCUUCAUGCUUGACGCUGGACUUUUGUGGGAUGCUGGGUUCUCGAAGCUGCAUGAUAGUACAAACUAUACUAUGACUGGGAAACAGUGGGAUUCCAUCACAACAUUUGCGCAAAAAGUGGGCUGGGAUCUCAUGUUUGACUUCAACCUGUUCAAGUGGCAUAGGUGGCAAGAGGGUCUGUGGGACCCCAGCAAUGCAGAGCUGUUACUCAAAUACUCUGCAGAAAGAAAUGUCUCUAUCCCUGCUUUUCAACUCGGCAAUGAGCCAAAUUCUUUCAAGCACAACUUCAACCUGAGCAUUGCUCCUGAGACUCUCGCGAAAGACCUGCAGCUGUUGAGAGACACGCUGGCAAAGUUCCCUCAGUACAGCCAAAGCUCUGUCUUUGGGCCCGAGGUGACCAGCAUAUCCCGACACGUCGGUGCUCGUAAAUAUAUGGACCAAUUUCUGAAGGAUGGAGGUAACAAAGUUGUGGAUGCAGCCAGCUGGCACCACUAUUACCUGGAUGGAAGGACGGCAACCGUAGAACAGUUUAUGGACCCUAAGGUGCUGGACGGGAUGAAGACAGAGUUGCAGACGGCCUUGAACCUCACCGGCCAGUCCCCGCCCGUGCUGCCCUUGCGGCUCACAGAAACCUCAUCCUGCUAUGGAGGUGGUGCGCCAGGGAUCUCGGACCGGUUUGUGGCCGGCUUUAUGUGGCUGGACAAGCUCGGCCUCUGUGCCCAAGCGGGUGUCACUGCUGUCUUCAGGCAGACUUUUUAUCGUGGAAACUAUGCGCUGCUGUCUGUUGACUUAGAUCCGAACCCAGAUUACUACCUGUCCUUGCUUUACAAGAGGCUCAUCCUGGGGCCUGUCCUGAAUGCCACGUUUGAGCCGUCCAUCAGCCAUCUACGCGUGUACGCCCACUGCGUUAGGAGAGACUUUUACAACUAUCCUCAAGGAGCUGUUGUUUUGUACUAUCUGAACCUGCGAGACUCUAAUGUCACACUUACUUUGGACCAGUUUGAAGGACAGAGUCUUGACCUUUUCCUGCUGAGCCCUGGGGAUGGUGCUGGACCUCUCUCCAAAUUGGUCAAGCUAAAUGGUCAGACACUCACAAUGCAAGGCCCAGAGCUUCCUCCUUUGAACCCGAGCCCUCACAAAGGGGACAUAAGCGUCUCGGCACAGUCCUUCGGAUUUAUCGUCGUACCCAACGCUCAGGUGAAAGUCUGCAGUUGAAUGAUGGAAGAUUCUUAAAACAGGGUGUACAUUUGUGCUAUAGUUCACCCUCAUGGAUAUUUUAGUCAUAAUGCUCAAGUUCUCAAAGUGAACAUUCCUUGAGGAUAAUCCAAUGUCCCGUUGAUUUCAUAAGUUAUGAUAAUUUAUGUAAUGCUUUCUCUCUGUCUCUUCUAAUGAAUGAGAUUAGAUUGAGAUUGUUUGAUUUGAGAAAUAUAAUUAAUUUUGGGACGAUGUGUGCAAAGAAAAAGGAAGUUAGGGAAUUGUGAACAUUUUUGUAAAGGUUUGCAAAGAAAGGAACAGUGUGAAAGUGAAGUAUUUUUUUGUAAAGGUUUGCAAAGAAAAUAGACGGAGAAUGUUUGAUUGCUGAUAUAGAAUUCAUUUUUGUGAAUGUUUGCUAAGAAAAGAAGGAAGAGAGGAAAUUGCGCAUAUUUUUGUAAAGGUUUGCAAAGAAAAAGAAACAGUGCGAAAGUGAAGUAGAUUUUUAUAAAGGUUUGCAUAGAAAAUAGACUGAGAACGUGCGAUUGGUGAUCAUGUAAAGUUCAUUUUUGUGAAUUUUUUAAAAGAGUAAAAGGAACUGAGACAGCUUCAUUUUUGUAAAGGUUUGCAAGGAAAAAGAAUAAAUUGUGAAAGUGAAGUAGAUUUGAAUAAAUGUUUGCAAAGGAAACAGAUUGGGAAUGUUUGAUUGACGAAGUGACAUAAGUGCAAAGAAAAAGGAGCUAAUUUUAUACAUAUUUACCAUUGUUAUUUUGCUGUAAAUAUUGCUGACAAUGAUCUGAUUUUUGCAUUGAUUGUUGAUACAGCUUAUUAAGACUGCCUGCUUUUUGAAGCUUCCAUAAAUAUAUAUAUACAUGGGAGUUGAGGAGCUGUAAUUUUAUGUCAUACUGUUGCACAAAAAGCCCUAUGGUUAUUUUAUUUUUGUUUAUAAUAUUAUAAUUCAUAUUUUUUUAGUAAUGACAAUCUUUUGUUGUUUACACUUUUCAACUGUGCACUCAUCUCAAGUUAAAAAAAAUAUUUGUUUGUGGAAACAAGAUCGAGUGGUGAUCUGUGAAAUAACUGUUACAACUGAAGGAGACAGUUAUGUACGGUACUUUGUUGACUGCAGACUUGAAUCAAAUGCUAUGUACAUCCAUGUUAGUGUUAGUAUAAAAAAAAUUUGUACUGUCAGAAAGAUUCUGCCGGUUCCUUUGUUAUACAGAUACAGAAGAAUUAUUUCACUAUUGUGAAUGUUAUUGGACAACAAUCAAUAUCACAUACUUAGCUGGAUGUACUCAAGUACUUCUUGUAAAAUUAAGUCUAUUUUUUAAAACAAAGAUUUAUGAGAGAUCUGUUUUUUUCUAUGACUCUGCGAAUUAGUAUCAUGUAGAUCACAUAUUAGUAUGUUACUAUUUGUGCCUUUCUUUGUUCAUGUCAAGUCUGAAUUUAAAGCCUUUUGCUGAACGGUAA